CUUGUUAGUAAGGUGACUAAGAAAGGGUCGAUGGCUUCUUCUUCUUCACUUGUCAAGCUCUUCACCAUCUUCUUGAUUAUCAUUUCCAUCUUCACUCCUCGUGCACUUUCAGUAGUACCAGAGGAGUGCCGAGCAGAAACAAACAGCUGCACCAGCAAAAAGAGGGCCUUACCCCUCAAAAUCAUAGCCAUUUUCUCCAUAUUGAUCACUAGUAUUAUAGGUGUAAGUUCACCUCUAUUCACACGUUCGAUCCCGGCUCUUCAACCCGACAAGAGUUUGUUCGUGAUCGUCAAGUGUUUCGCGGCCGGAAUCAUUCUGGCGACGGGGUUCAUGCACGUGUUGCCGGAUUCUUUCGACAUGUUAUCGUCGAAUUGCUUGGACGAGAACCCGUGGCAUAAGUUUCCGUUUACAGGUUUCGUGGCAAUGUUAUCUGCAAUAGUGACUUUAAUGGUAGAUUCCAUGGCUACAUCCAUAUACAGCCGGAAAUGCACCGCCGGAGUUAACCCAGAAACCGGGGGAGGACAACAUGAUGCGGCUGUUGCGAAUGUUGGGCAAUUACAUGGCCAUCACCAUCAUCAUAAUCUAAAGCCAGCAGACGAUGCUGAUCAACAAUUGAUGCGUUAUCGUGUCAUUGCCAUGGUGUUGGAAUUGGGAAUUGUAGUUCACUCGGUGGUGAUAGGGCUUUCACUUGGAGCCUCAAACAACACAUGCAGCAUCAAAGGUCUUGUGGCGGCACUUUGCUUCCAUCAAAUGUUUGAAGGGAUGGGCCUCGGCGGUUGCAUUCUUCAGGCGGAGUACAAAGCGUUGAAGAAGUUUAUAAUGGUGUUCUUCUUCUCUGUAACAACGCCAUUUGGGAUCGCACUGGGAAUGGCUCUGUCGAGGACGUACAAAGAGAAUAGUCCGACGGCGUUGACCAUGGUGGGGCUGCUGAAUGCGUCGUCGGCUGGACUUUUGAUAUACAUGGCAUUGGUUGAUCUUCUUUCUGCAGAUUUCAUGGGUCCAAAGUUGCAGUCUAGUAUUAAGCUCCAACUGAAGUCUUACGUUGCAGUUCUUCUAGGUGCUGGUGGCAUGUCUCUCAUGGCCAAAUGGGCUUAA